AUGGCUGGAUCCAGGGGUUCAGCAUGCUCCAUGCCAGCUUGUGAUGGGAAAAUUAUGAAAGACGAGAGGGGAAGAGACAUAACGCCUUGCGAAUGUAGAUUCAAGAUAUGUAGAGAUUGUUUCUUAGAUGCACAGAAAGAAACAGGUCUGUGUCCGGGCUGCAAGGAACCGUACAAAACUGCAUCUGGUAAUGAUGGUAAUGAAGGAUUUGAAGGGGGCAUGGUGGAAACUUCUGACAAACCUUGGAGGCCUCUUAGCCGAGAAAUACCUAUCCCAAAUAGCAUAAUUAGUCCUUAUAGGUUAUUGAUUGCUGUUCGGUUUAUAAUCAUGAUCUUUUUCUUGAUAUGGAGAUUACAGCAUCCGAAUGAGGAUGCUAUAUGGCUUUGGUUCAUGUCAGUUGUUUGCGAGUUAUGGUUCUUUUUCUCAUGGAUUCUGGAUCAAGUUCCAAAACUCAGACCAAUUAACCGCUCCAUUGAUCUUGAUCUUCUAUAUGAGAAAUUUGACAGGCCAUCGCCUUCUAAUCCAACUGGACGCUCUGACCUCCCUGGAGUUGAUUUCUUUGUAUCCACGGCAGAUCCUGAAAAGGAGCCUCCACUUACGACAGCCAAUACAAUUUUAUCUAUUCUAGCUGUAGACUAUCCAGUGGAGAAGAUUGCUUGUUAUGUCUCGGAUGAUGGAGGUGCUCUCCUUACUUUUGAGGCAAUGGCUGAGGCAUGUAGCUUUGCUGACUUGUGGGUGCCAUUUUGUAAGAAACAUGAAAUUGAACCUCGUAAUCCAGACUCAUAUUUUAGCUUAAAGGGGGACCCUACUAAAAACAAGAAGAGAUCAGACUUUGUUAAAGAUAGGCGAAGAGUGAAAAGGGAGUACGACGAGUUUAAGGUAAGGAUUAAUGGGCUUCCUGAUUCCAUCAGGAGAAGAUCAGAGGCAUUUAACGCGAGGGAGGAGAUGAAAAUGAUUAAGCAGAAGAGGGAAAGUGGUGGAGAUCCAUUAGAGCCCAUUAAGGUAAAAAAAGCAACCUGGAUGGCAGAUGGGACACACUGGCCAGGAACAUGGACUUCCCCUUCAGCUGAUCAUGCCAAAGGAGAUCAUGCAGGGAUCCUACAGGUUAUGUUAAAGCCUCCUAGUAGUGACAUUUUAUUGGGGGAGUCUGAUGACAAUCUCAUUGACUUCUCGGAUGUUGACACAAGACUUCCAAUGUUUGUGUACGUGUCUCGUGAGAAACGACCUGGAUAUGACCAUAACAAGAAAGCUGGAGCAAUGAAUUGCCUAGUGAGGGCGUCAGCAAUACUUUCAAACGGACCCUUUAUGCUCAAUCUUGACUGUGAUCAUUACGUUUACAACUGCAAAGCUGUUCGUGAAGGUAUGUGUUUCAUGAUGGACAGGGGCGGGGAGAAUAUCUGUUACAUUCAGUUUCCACAGAGGUUUGAAGGGAUUGAUCCUUCAGAUAGGUAUGCUAAUCAUAAUACUGUGUUCUUUGAUGGCAAUAUGCGUGCACUUGAUGGCGUCCAAGGGCCAGUAUAUGUCGGAACAGGAACAAUGUUUAGGAGAUUUGCUUUGUAUGGUUUUGAUCCUCCAGAUCCUGACAAGUUACUCCAUAAAGAGACAGAUGCAACAUCACCGGAGACACAACCACUAAAUCCUAUGGAUUUCGACCCUGAUCUUGAUCCAAACCUAUUACCCAAGCGUUUUGGAAACUCUACAAUGCUUGUUGAUUCUCUUCCAGUAGCAGAGUUUCAUGCUCGGCCUAUUGCUGAUCAUCCUGCAGUAAAGUAUGGGCGUCCCCCAGGCGCUUUAAGGCCACCGCGUCAACCACUGGAUGCCACUGCUGUUGCUGAAGCGGUUUCUGUCAUCUCUUGUUGGUACGAAGACAAGACCGAAUGGGGUGACAGAGUGGGAUGGAUUUAUGGAUCAGUGACAGAAGAUGUGCUGUCAGGGUACCGCAUGCAUAAUCGUGGGUGGCGUUCAGUAUACUGCAUCACAGAUCGUGAUGCCUUCCGUGGAUCAGCUCCUAUAAAUCUCACUGACAGGCUACACCAAGUGCUUCGUUGGGCUACAGGUUCAGUAGAAAUCUUCUUCUCUAGAAACAAUGCAUUUUUCGCUUCAAAGCGCCUUAAAUUUCUUCAACGUCUAUCCUACCUGAAUGUUGCCAUCUAUCCAUUCACCUCCGGAUUCCUAGUCCUCUACUGUUUUCUCCCUGCCCUCUCCCUAUUCUCAGGACAAUUCAUCGUUCAAAAUGUCAAUGUUGCUUUCCUAUCAUAUCUCCUAGUAGUCACCAUAUGCUUAAUAUCCCUUGCCCUCUUAGAAGUAAAAUGGUCUGGAGUAGGCCUAGAACAGUGGUGGAGAAACGAGCAAUUUUGGCUCAUUUCUGGAACCAGUUCUCACUUGGCCGCGGUGGUACAAGGCCUUCUCAAAGUCAUUGCGGGAAUUGAAAUCUCAUUCACCCUCACUGCCAAGUCUGCAUCAGAAGAUGAUGAUGACAUUUACGCGGAUCUCUAUUUAGUAAAAUGGACUUCCCUCAUGAUCCCCCCCAUUGUCAUUGCAAUGGUGAACAUGAUUGGCAUUGUUGUGGCACUAAUUAGAACCGUUUAUAGUACUACCCCUUCAUGGAGCAAGUUCAUAGGUGGUGCUUUCUUUAGUUUCUGGGUGCUUGCUCAUUUAUACCCUUUCGCCAAAGGCCUGAUGGGCAGGAGAGCAAAGACGCCUACCAUUGUCUAUGUCUGGUCCGGUUUGAUUGCAAUCACACUGUCUUUACUGUGGGUUGCUGUUAACCCUGAUGCCGGUCCAUCCAAUCAAGCGGCUGGAGGUGAUGGUUUUCAGUUCCCAUAG